AUGAAAAACGUUCCCCGGGGGCGGGUAGCUGUUCCCCGGGGGCGGGUAGCUGUUCCCCGGGACGGGGCAGUUGUUCCCCGCGUCCGGGCAGUUGUUCCUUGCGGUUGGGCAGUUGUUCCCCGGGACCGGGCAGCUGUUCCAUGGGACCGGACAGUUGUUUCAAAGGAGCGGGUAGCUGGUCCCCGGUACCGGCCAGUUAUUCCCCGGGACCGGGCAGUUGUUCCUCGGGGCCAGAUAGCUGUUCCUUGGGACAGGACAGCUGAUCCCCAGGACCGAACACCUCUCAAUAUGUUGCUCUCUCUCUCUCUCUCUCUGCACUUUUUCUUAUUCUUUUUUAUUCCUUCUUCUUCUUUUACUUCUUCAUCGUCUGUUCCUUCAUCAUCAUCAUCAGCUUCUUCUAUUCCUUUUUCUUCUUCUUCUUCUUCUUCUUCUUCUUCUUCUUCUUCUUCUUCUUCUUCUUCUUCUCUUCCUUCUUCUAUUCCUCCCCCCUCCUCCUUUUUUCUCAUUACCUCUCAAAUUUUAUUUUCUGUUACCUCCCUCCAUCAUUUCGUCUUUUCCUUGCUUAACUCUCUCUUUGUACACUUUCUUAUUUUCUCAUCCUUUUUUUUUCUUCCUUUUAGCCUGCUAUUUUCAUACCAUCUCUUUUUCUUUCUCUCUUCCUUUCCCAGCAACUCUUAA